UUAAUGUCAUAUAAAUUGAAUAAAAAUAUUUUACAGAGAAUUGAAUAAUGUGGAAUUUGAAAAAAUAUCAAAUGAGACACUUGACUCCUUAACGGAGUAUUUUGAUGAAUUAAUUGAGCACGCAACACAUUUAAAUGAUGCUGAUGUGUCCUAUGGGGAUGGUGUGCUGACAAUUAAAUUUGGUGGUGAAUACGGGACGUACGUUAUAAAUCGACAAACACCAAAUAAACAACUGUGGUUAUCAUCGCCGACAUCCGGACCUAAACGAUCAUGGACGAAAUUAUGGAAGAUGGAAAUCUCGUUGAUCGAGUUAGAAUUCUAUUGCAAAGAGACAUGCAAUAUUACCAGGCAAUGCAGACAGUCCUCCGUGAGUCAUUGUGUAACCGAGUGAGUGGUGGGAAAUUGGAUUUUCCCCGACACGCAUCAUUCGCAGCCGUCAAAAUAGUUAAGUGGUGGGAAGCUGAGUUUCUUAUUGCAUUCAAAUUUCCAUCUGGGCUCUGCAUUUCGAUACAAAAUAAUUCUUCGGACCCAGCUGAUGAAGUUAUCAAAAAAACUAAACCCUCUGAUUUUAUUUUAUUAGUUGUUGAUACAUCCGAGCAAUUAAUUGAGCAUUUGCACACUUUAAUCCAAGAAUCACUCGACCACGCGGACUUAGCAGUCCUGACUGCGACGCUUGGAGCUGCUGCGCUAAUUAGAAAUUGUUUAUGGUGCUAUAAUCAGCAGUCUAAAGAUAAAAUUCCCAAGCAAAUAAGUGAAAAACUGCAUCUGUGCUACAAAUCGUAUCAAGAAAUGGCAGAAGCUGUAGCUGAAAAGCUUCUCGACCUCCAUUGUCGAUUAAUUUCUCUCUACAUUUUAAACGAAGCCGACUCUCUUAAUUGGCAAAGCAAUAAGCCUUUUUUCGAGCGAGAAAGAUCAUCAUUUAUUAUUCAGAUGUGGUGGCUGUAUAUGCAGGGUACUAAGACAGACUUAUGGAACACUGUCUCACCUAAAAUGGCCCAAAGAAUAUUUGCUGGAAUGUUAAAUGAAUCAUUAACAAUUAUCGUUUCUCGGUUUAUUCACGGACGUCCAAGUUUAACGAGGUCACAACAAUUUUGGUCGGACGCAUUUAAUGUUUUGAGCUGCACUGGUUACCUCGCAUUAGCUGCUUGCGCUGAUGCCAAUGAACUUAUAGGAUUACGAAUUAACAAAUUACCCAUUGUGAUGAGAGACAUACACGCUAAAUGUCGCAAACUGCUAAUUUGUUUACUUUUGCGUGGUACACCAUUGAAAAUUCUCUAUCAAGUGCGUCCAUUAAUUAACUAUCGUAUUACUUUUAAAUGAGAGUGAAUCAGCAGACAGCUAAUUUUUUAGAAUUUGUAGAUUUAUUUUAACUUAAUGGUUGUAAAAAAAAUCUAAAAAAUUGCAUAGAAAAAACUUUUAAAAAUUUCCAUGUGCAUUUUUUUAUACUAUUUAUUCUGUAAUAUAACAAAUAAAUUAUUAAAAAAAAUUAUCAGAUGUCUGCUAAAUUCACACUCAUUAAAUUUAAAUAAUAAUAAUAAUAAUAAAAUAAUUAAACAGGCUUGUCGAAAUGGAUUAGAAUACAUGGCAACUCUAAAAAAACAAUCAGGACCAGCCCCUUGGUUAAUAAUAAGUGCUCCAAAGCUAUUUGGAUCUCCAGCACUGAAGAGCGUUAAUUUAUCACUCCCAGAAGAUCAAGCUCUUAUCUUGGAGAUAAAUGUCCUGAGAUGUCAACCACAGGCUAAAUGGACGCAAUUAUUAAAAGUGUUAUCAAUGAAUGAAUGCGCGGUCGCACGAAUGCUACUGAGUACUCUAAUUCGUCAAUGCGUGGGCAAAAACGAAGACGUAAUUUCAAUGGAGAGAUUGAAAGAAAAUUCCGGAGAUUGCGGUGGAUUUUUAUGCACAAGCUGUCAGCAAAAUCUGUCAAGUUUGCCGCCUACUUUGUAUCUCUACAGUCUGAUGUACGUAUUGAUCAACACGGCCAUGGAUCCACUCGACGUUGUCAUCCCCGCGCUCAAGCAAGAUAUUAAUUGGUCCAAUUAUCUUGAUAGACAGCAGGUAUGGAAUCAAUGUCGAGCUCCCUGGCUAAAUGCUCUUUUAGCACCAUUUAAAUCCAUCAUGACGCCUAUUGUUGAUACUCUGCUUGACGCUAUAAAGACAGGUGCAAGUAUUUAUCAAACAAUGUCCCUUGCAUUGGCUUGCUUUUCUGAGCUUUUUAUGUGCACUCCAAUAACCGUGCUGCGGAUUAUUAAUUUGAUCAAUAAAAAUAUACCCGCUCACUGUCAUCCAAUAGGCGGCUCGGUAUUCAUCCAAAUAUUCUGCGCUGCUCUUUACUCGGAAUUAUUAAAAGAAUCAAAUGCAAACAUUGAUACUCUUGAUAAAUCAGAGGUCCAAGAAACUCCAAGAAGCAUUGCUGAUUCUUACUCAUUUGAUCCUCAAGAUAAACCCGCCUCUGCAACUGCACUUGCAGAAGCCGUUUGUAGUAUAGACGAAGACAAUAAACACACUGCGCAAAUAGAUGCUGUAAUCAAACGGGCUGAAGCUUGGAUUAAAGAAGAAGAAGAAAAUAGUCCGAGAAUGAAAAAGUUAAAUACGAGCUCUUUGUGGAUUGAAACUUGCGCUGAUGAAUUAUUAUUUACUGCAAUUGGACGGAGAUCUUUAAAAAUUACUUAUGAAUAUUUGAUCUGCGCUUCGGACUGGAUUUUAAAUAAUCUGAUUGAAGGACCGGAUUUAAUGAAAAAAGACUUUUUGAAUACUACCGACGCUUAUGUCCCUGCCAAACCUCUUACAUAUGUCAUGUUUCAUAUCGAUAAUAAUCCAUUUGAUCAGUGGCUAACAAAUUUAGAUGAAGCAAAUUGGCAAGUUAUGCUGAACGUCCCGUUAUCAGUGACUCUAGAUCGAAUUCAGAGCCAAAUUCUCGUGAGACCCGAGUUUAAAAACAUCGGAGAACUAUCUCUUGACGAUAAAGAUGUUGCGAUUGCUUUGAAACAGUUAUGCUCCGCAUCACAAUUUACUACUUUUGAAUAA